AUGCAGGCCGAGCUCAAGCGCGUCAACGCGGAGCUCAAGAAGCUCGAGCUCGCGCGCAAGAAGGAGCUCAAGGAGCACGAGAACUACCGCGACUCGGUCAUGAAGCGGUUCGCAUACCGCGUCGGUGGCAAGACGGACAAGUUUGCGGCCAAGGCGGCCAAGGAGGAGAAGGAGUAUUUUGAUGUCCUCCAAAAGCUGCAGCAGCAGACGGACCAGAAAAACACCAUUGAGAGCAUGAUUGCCGAUGGGAACCAGAUCAAGUCGGGCCUGGAAAACCAGACGCAAGCGCACAAGCAAGCCCAACUAGACCUGGACAGUCUGUACCAGGGCAUCUUCCAGGGCACGACGCCCGAUUUCCCCGAGGAGGACUCGCUGGAGAAGUCGGCCGAAGCCGCGAGCCAGGCGCACCAUCAGGCAAGCCUGGAAGCCAAGAACUGCGAGCAGGUGUUCAACAUGCUCAACGACGCCUGGAACGCGUUGCGGCAGGCGGCAGCCUACAUCGAGGAGGCGCUGUCGCACAGCCGGAUGGACAUGUUUGGCGGCGGGACCAUGUCGGACAUGAUGGAGCGCAAUGCCCUCAGCAAGGCGCAGAACAGCAUCCACCGCGCCGAGAUGCUCACCACCCAGGCCCAGCGCUUGAGCCCACACGUCAAAGACCUGCCGUCGGUGGGCAUCGAUCACGGCAACAUCAUGAGCGACGUCUUCUUUGACAACAUCUUUACCGACAUGGCGUUCCACGACAAGAUCAAGAACUCGCGGACGCAGCUGCAGCGCGCCGUCGCGGCCUGUGAGCAGCAGAUUGACGCGGCCCGGGAGCGGUCGACGGCGGCACAACAUGAGAUGCAACAGCGGUGGGAUGCGCUGCUGACAGCUCGGAACCAACUGCAAAAGGCCCGCGAGCAGAUUUUCGAGAGGGUCCUUGGUGGGCAGCAGGGGCAGGCUUCGGCUCCGGCGCCCCCGGGCCCGUCACAUGCGGCGGGGACAGACAACAAGGGCAGUAACAACCCUUUCGACCAGCCACCAGCUUACAGCUCAUGA